UCUAGGUUCCUCUACCGCGCUUCAGUCCCCGUCUCGAGCGCAACAUCCACCUCGCUCAAGAAAUCAUGGACAAAGCAGACAAAGCAACGCACGAAGAAAAACUUGCCCAGAGACGAGCCGCGCGUGCGCUCAAGGCUGUUUUGGAAAAAUACCGCGCGGAAACAAAGCUCCCUGUUGAACCGAAACAGCGCGAGGUCCGCAUGUAUGACUUGAAACGGCGCAAGGUCGAAGCAUUAGAGGAACUGGUUGAGCUUGGACGCAUGACGGUAUGUAUACUUUGUUUGUGUGUGUUGUACGUGGUACUUUCUCCAGUUGCUUAA